AUUUUGUCCCAGUCAGUCCGGAGGCUGCGGCUGCAGAAGUACCGCCUGCGGAGUAACUGCAAAGAUGCUGUCCGUGCGCGUUGCUGCGGCCGUGGUCCGCGCCCUUCCUCGGCGGGCCGGACUGGUCUCCAGAAAUGCUUUGGGUUCAUCUUUCAUUGCUGCAAGGAACUUCCAUGCCUCUAACACUCAUCUUCAGAAGACUGGGACUGCUGAGAUGUCCUCUAUUCUUGAAGAGCGUAUUCUUGGAGCUGAUACCUCUGUUGAUCUUGAAGAAACUGGGCGUGUCUUAAGUAUUGGUGAUGGUAUUGCCCGCGUACAUGGGCUGAGGAAUGUUCAAGCAGAAGAAAUGGUAGAGUUUUCUUCAGGCUUAAAGGGUAUGUCCUUGAACUUGGAACCUGACAAUGUUGGUGUUGUCGUGUUUGGAAAUGAUAAACUAAUUAAGGAAGGAGAUAUAGUGAAGAGGACAGGAGCCAUUGUGGACGUUCCAGUUGGUGAGGAGCUGUUGGGUCGUGUAGUUGAUGCCCUUGGUAAUGCUAUUGAUGGAAAGGGUCCAAUUGGUUCCAAGACGCGUAGGCGAGUUGGUCUGAAAGCCCCCGGUAUCAUUCCUCGAAUUUCAGUGCGGGAACCAAUGCAGACUGGCAUUAAGGCUGUGGAUAGCUUGGUGCCAAUUGGUCGUGGUCAGCGUGAGCUGAUUAUUGGUGACCGACAGACUGGGAAAACCUCAAUUGCUAUUGACACAAUCAUUAACCAGAAACGUUUCAAUGAUGGAUCUGAUGAAAAGAAGAAGCUGUACUGUAUUUAUGUUGCUAUUGGUCAAAAGAGAUCCACUGUUGCCCAGUUGGUGAAGAGACUUACAGAUGCAGAUGCCAUGAAGUACACCAUUGUGGUGUCGGCUACGGCCUCGGAUGCUGCCCCACUUCAGUACCUGGCUCCUUACUCUGGCUGUUCCAUGGGAGAGUAUUUUAGAGACAAUGGCAAACAUGCUUUGAUCAUCUAUGACGACUUAUCCAAACAGGCUGUUGCUUACCGUCAGAUGUCUCUGUUGCUCCGCCGACCCCCUGGUCGUGAGGCCUAUCCUGGUGAUGUGUUCUACCUACACUCCCGGUUGCUGGAGAGAGCAGCCAAAAUGAAUGAUGCUUUUGGUGGUGGCUCCUUGACUGCUUUGCCAGUCAUAGAAACACAGGCUGGUGAUGUGUCUGCUUACAUUCCAACAAAUGUCAUUUCCAUCACUGACGGACAGAUCUUCUUGGAAACAGAAUUGUUUUACAAAGGUAUCCGCCCUGCAAUUAACGUUGGUCUGUCUGUAUCUCGUGUCGGAUCCGCUGCCCAAACCAGGGCUAUGAAGCAGGUGGCAGGUACCAUGAAGCUGGAAUUGGCUCAGUAUCGUGAGGUUGCUGCUUUUGCCCAGUUCGGUUCUGACCUCGAUGCUGCCACUCAACAACUUUUGAGUCGUGGCGUGCGUCUAACUGAGUUGCUGAAGCAAGGACAGUAUUCUCCCAUGGCUAUUGAAGAACAAGUGGCUGUUAUCUAUGCGGGUGUAAGGGGAUAUCUUGAUAAACUGGAGCCCAGCAAGAUUACAAAGUUUGAGAAUGCUUUCUUGUCUCAUGUCGUCAGCCAGCACCAAGCCUUGUUGGGCACUAUCAGGGCUGAUGGAAAGAUCUCAGAACAAUCAGAUGCAAAGCUGAAAGAGAUUGUAACAAACUUCUUGGCUGGAUUUGAAGCUUAAACUCCUGUGGAUUCACAUCAAAUACCAGUUCAGUUUUGUCAUUGUUCUAGUAAAUUAGUUCCAUUUGUAAAAGGGUUACUCUCAUACUCCUUAUGUACAGAAAUCACAUGAAAAAUAAAGGUUCCAUAAUGCGUA